AUUAUCGUGACCGUGAUGGUUUUUUCUAUAAUCAGCCUCUUAACACCGUCACUGCUAAAAAUAUAUUCGUCAAUGCGCGAACACGAUUUGGACACAGUUAUGGAAUGUGUGCCAAUUGUAGUUUCAACGCUGGUUGCCUUGAUAAAAAUACUAAAUCACAACAUUAACAGGAAAAAGUUUGAAAACAUGUUCGACCGUAUGGCUAAACAAUGGGAAGUCUCUGAGAUCAAUGGCGAAUUACACGUUCUAAAUGAAAUCACCGAGCAAGGAAGUAGAAUGGGCAGUUUAUAUAGAAUUAGUUUAUGGGGAUUUCUGGUACUAUUCAUAUCUCUUCCGUUGUCUUCUCCUUUUUUGGAUAUCGUCGUACCGUUAAAUGAAACCCGAGCAAAAUUACCCUUAUUCCAGCUGAAUUAUAUCGUAGACACCGAUGAUCAUUUUUAUAUCGUGCAUUUACAUUCGGCGUGGUGUUCCCUUGUAAUUGUGUUGAUUAUAACCACCAUCGAUUCAUUGUACCUGGUUAUCAUUCAUUACUGCUGCGGAUUGUUUGCUCUUUGCGGGUAUCAGGUUAAGAAAGCAUCGAAAGUCGGAAGAGCGAUUGAUAUUAAAGACAAUCGAUUUAAAAGCUGUGUGAUCACUCAUUACGAAGCCAUCAGCUUUUACGAGCAUAUGGACGAAAGUACUCGUACCAGUUACUUGUUUCAAGUUGGGUUUAACAUGAUUGGUAUCACUGUAACAGCUGUUCAAGCUGUUAUGUACGUUGAUCAACCGAGGGAAUCUUUUAGAAUUGUUAUGUUCCUAUUGGGUCAACAAUUUCAUCUGUACGCCCUCAGUGUACCUGGCCAAGUGAUGUUGGAUCGAAGUUUGGAGUUAAUUAAUGACAUCGAUAUAUUUAAAUUUUAUGAUAGAUACGUUUCUAAAUGGCACGAGAUACCAUUGAAAUUCGAGAAAACACUCCACAUAAUGCAAAUUAGAUGCAGCAAACCAUGUAAGCUAUCAGCAGGAGGAUUAUACGAAAUGAACAUCGAGAAUUUUGGCACGAUCUUUAAAACCUGUAUAUCGUAUUUUACAAUUUUGCUAUCACUGAGGGAGUGA